CUCUUCGUCCUAUCGCUUCACACCCACCUUCGUUUUCUCCAAACAAAAUGGGAAACGGUGCCAGAGCGCAACAGAAGAGGGAGCGCAACCAGGCCAAGACAGCAUCUACUGCUAAGUCUCAGACCAAAGUCAACGAGGCAGCAAAGAACAUCAUGUGCCAGACCUGCCGUCAGACUUUCCUGCUGACCACCCGCGCACCCGCACUCGAAGAGCAUGCUCACAAUAAGCACUCCAAGACAAUGGCUGAGUGUUUCCCGGGUGUCCAAGCAAAGUAACCGGUCGCUGUUCCAGGCACGGUCGACUUCCUGCUGCUAUACCUCUAAUCCCAGCGUGUUGUAUGUGUCUUGCGAUGGCGUAU